AUGGCUUCGUUUCAGAAGAUACUUUCUGAGAUCAAUGGUGCUACGAAUUUCGUUACCAUGCGAUCUAGUAUCGCUGGCGAUGCAGCGGACAUUGAGAAAGUCAAGUUGUCGUUGGCUUCGUCUCUCUCGAGCAUGGUGAGUUCCGUUGCGUGGCAAAUGGACAGCGCGUCUGCCACGCAGUUGAUGCAUGCGGUACAGUCCAGCUGCUUCGACAACGCCCAGAAGAAGUUGAUCGCUGACGCCAUCCAAGCGAAGCUCCUAGGCUCUUCACCUUCUUCAGGCUUAGGUGCGCAUGAGAAACAGUCCUGGGUGGUUGCCAACGCCGUGCUGAAAUAUUUUACUGCGCGUGAUUGGGUAGUGAUUGGAGAUACACACAUGUCCUUCAACUCCGACGUCAAGGCUUCUGUCAUUCUAUCCAGGUUUGGGCGGGCAGGGCUGGUCAAGCCCAAUGAGCCUGCGUGCAAGCAAAUUGUGACUAUGCUGGCCGCUGCCACGUGGGCCCAUAACCGACCUUCGUGCAAGCAGUUGUACGAUCACGUGCAGAAUUUGGCGAAGUGCUUCAAGAAACUUCCGAAUCCUCCCCUCGACUUGCCAGUCAUUCGCAAAUGGCCUGAGCCCCCGAGCGAGCUCCCCGAGGAAGUGUACAAGGCCCUCUAUCCUGAUGAGACCGACCCGCCAAUCGUCAUGGCACUCGACAGCUUCAGCACCGUGAUGAAUGAGGUAUCGUGCCGCCACUCCAACAAGAAGGCGAUGCAACUGGGCAUGGUUGGGGCUGGAGUCGGGAUUGAUGGGCAAUGUCAGCUUGGCUCUGCUGAUGCGCUCGGCAAGGUCACCGUUGGUUCCUGGCAACCGCAGCGUAGCCCCCUCAUGCUGGAGAAUGGCACGCCGUCAAUCGAUCCUUCCAGCAGCGCCCAGGGCAGCGCAGUGAGCGCCUCGCUGAAUGCGAUCGCCAAGGCUCCCCCGUCACAACCGCUGGCAGGCUCUGAGCCACAGCGCGUCGCCACCGCUGCGCUUGAGAUCCCGACGGACACAGACUUUGCCGCUGCAUUGGCCUCUGAAGUGCCGAGUAAACGAACGGCUGGCGUCACGGAGGAGGAGGCCAAGGCCACGAUUUCGAAAAUGCAGGAGGAGCAGGCAAUGAUCGUCGCCAAGGCUAAGAAGAAAUACCUCCCUGAUGAGGAGGAGGAGGAACAUGCCGAGCACGCUACUGAGGCCCCGACUGUAACUCCGAAGGGCAAGAAUCGCAAGGCCAUGUCAGCCAAAGGAUCUGGCAUGAAGAG